CCAGUGAAUCGUUGCCCGCCUAGCUGCUGGUGCUGCUCGCCUGCCCUCGCCGGGGUUGCGCUGCGAUUGUCCGGUGUGGUGUGAGCGGCGCUUCGCGGACCUGUUGCUCGAGUCUCACGGCAGGUUCCGGAGGCGGACUCUCGUGCUUCAUGGCUCUGCUAGACCUUGUAUUUCAUUUUGUGUAGAAAAAGAAAAAAAAAGUCAGCGGUCUAAAGAAGACAAGCGCUGGGUCGAAGGGAGCUACGAGACGUCGGUGACCUGUUUUUGUUUUUCUACUAAUCUGAAGCUGAGUCGCUGCGCUGGGGAUUCAUUUGGAAAUUCUUUUCUCUUCUUUAUUUUUUUGAAUUGGAGGUUGACAAAGCACCACAAUGCUGAGCUUUUUACGGCGGACACUUGGGCGCCGGUCGAUGCGCAAGCAUGCCGACAAAGAGCGCCUGAGAGAAGCACAACGAGCCACCACGCACAUCCCUGCAGCUGGAGACGCCAAGUCCAUAAUCACUUGCCGGGUGUCACUGCUGGAUGGGACAGAUGUUAGUGUCGACCUUCCGAAAAAAGCAAAGGGAGAGCAGCUUUUCGAGCAAAUCAUGUACCACUUGGACUUGAUAGAGAAAGACUACUUUGGACUGAGGUUUAUGGAUUCUGCUCAGGUUCCACACUGGCUUGACAAUACCAAGAGCAUUAAGAAGCAAGUCAAAAUUGGACCACCAUAUUGCCUUCAUCUUCGUGUGAAGUUCUAUUCAUCGGAGCCCAAUAACCUGCAUGAAGAGUUAACACGAUAUUUAUUUGUGCUGCAGCUGAAACAAGAUAUUCUAAGUGGAAAGUUGGAGUGCACCAUCGAUACAGCCGUACAGCUGGCUGCCUUCUCCUUACAAGCUGAGCUUGGUGAUUGUGACCCUGCAGAACAUGGUCCAGACUUGGUAUCUGAGUUCCGCUUUAUUCCAGAGCAAACAGAAGACAUGGAGCUGGAAAUCUAUGAAAAGUGGAAAGAAUGCAGGGGCCAAAUGCCAGCCCAGGCUGAAAUAAAUUACUUAAAUAAAGCCAAGUGGUUAGAGAUGUACGGAGUAGAUAUGCACACUGUGAAGGCCAGAGAUGGCAAUGAGUAUAGCCUCGGAUUGACCCCUACUGGAGUCCUGGUAUUUGAGGGAGAGACGAAGAUCGGCCUUUUCUUUUGGCCCAAAAUAACCAGAUUAGACUUCAGGAAAAAUAAACUUACUUUGGUGGUGGUUGAAGAUGACGAACAGGGAAAAGAGCAGGAGCACACAUUUGUGUUUCGAAUGGACCAUCCAAAAGCCUGCAAGCACUUAUGGAAGUGUGCUGUGGAGCAUCAUGCUUUUUUCCGUUUAAGAGGCCCACUGCAAAAAAGCUCUUCCCAUCAUGGUUUCAUCCGAUUGGGAUCCCGCUUCAGAUUCAGUGGUAAAACGGAAUACCAAACAACAAAAGCCAAUAAAGCCAGGAGGUCCGCUUCAUUUGAACGGCGACCUAGCAGACGAUACUCAAGGAGGACAAUGCAGCACAGAGGACACAUGGGCAUCAGGAAUCAAGAUCAAGAUGGUCAGAUCAAUGGUGUUGGCCAACAUCCAGGAGCAAAGACAAGAAAUUUGCGACCAAAUUUCCCUGUGGUAAAUGCAAUGCCUGUUUCACCAGUUCCUGUGGAAAUCGAGCCUCUCCCAAGAAGUCCAGGUGCCAGCCACUCGGAGAAAAUGAGCGUCUCCCUGGCUGCUGAUUUACAAGGCAGCAAAGAAGAGCUUGGCACUUGCAUUGACGAGGUCAUCAGGGCGCCUGCUGCCAUAGCAACUGCUGGCAUGGCUGAAGAAACGGGCCCCAGUGUGGCUUCUGUUGGAUCCAAUGAAACUGUAGGAGAAGGCAUUACAGCAUGUGUUUAUGAAGAAGCAGCCGCAAAAAUGAAGCAACUAGAAAUUGAAAGCCUGUCGAUUCCAUCUCCUCCGAGAGCAAACAUCAACUUAAAUAUGAACAAUCAGGAAGAAGUGGUCAAGCUGACCGAAAAGUCCCUCAGCAGUGUGACCAGUAGUCCCAUGACUGUGACUGCAUCCCGGGUUCCUGAGGAUUUGAAAAGCAAUAUUCUGAAAGCGCAGGUCGAGGCAGCCUUAAAGGUAUCCAGAGAGGACGUGACCUUUCCAAGUGACAAAAACUGCAACAUUCAAGAGGCUGCAACCAGGAACAUAGCAAUUCUUGGAAAGAUUGCCAUUCCUUCAUCUUCACCAACACUAAGCAAGGAAGGCCAAGAUGUAAGAGACCUUCAGAAUGCUUCAAUCGCCAGCGUCCGUAGCAGCAGCAGUGAUCUGUCAUCAGGUACAAGUCAUGAACUGGCAGAGUCGUCUCUGGUGUCAACAUUUUCUGUAGAACCUGUAAAAGAGUCGUCCACAUUAAAGGCUCAGACUGAGGAACUGGACAAUCUGAUUUCAUCCUUGACCGAUAAUCUCAUUGACUUCACGGAUUCCACACCUCUGGUACAGAGUAAACCAGUCACCGUGCCAAGGUGGAUCAUCCCUGCAAAAAAACAGAAUGAAGGAUUCUCCAAUGGCCUCCUAGACAACGCCUCCCCAACAUUCACAGCUGCUCCGGCGACCCCUGAAUCUCUGCUGCUGACAGCUGGAGCUCCGUCAACUCCAACCAGAACAGCCACCUCUGUGAGUGCUGCGAAAUCAGAGACAAAAGACGUGUCAUCAAAGCCCAAACAUCUUCUGACGACUGAACUCUAAGGAGAAGACGGACUUGUCUCAGUGUUUUCUCCUCCGCUGUCUCUCUCUACUGUCACUGGAUUACGUCCACACAGGCCACAAAAGACCAAAACGUUAACGUGUGGAAACAAACUGCGGAGAUCUGUUCAAGCGAACUAACACGAUAUAACUAAACGGUGUUCCAGGUAUUGGAGCACAGAGGCAUCUGCACUAACCGAGGCCCCAAAGUGGAAUGUGGCGAGCUGCGCACAAACAAAAGCAGUUGGGCGGCGAGCCAUCGGUAGGUGGAAGAGAAACAUGAAGGAUGGACGGGUUCUUGAAAAGAUUCAUCUCAUUCCCAUUUAUUUAUUUACUUAAUCAUCCCAACUUGUGCUUUAUUUGAAGUCCUCUUCCACGGAGACGGAGUACGGACAGGCAGGCCGCGUAGUCUGUGAAGUCGGGCACACGUGACGGUUACGGUUAUUUGAGGUCUUCAGAUAUUCGGCAGCUGUCCUGAUUUACAUUUUUGGUAGUUUAACCUCUCAGUUUUAUAAAGUGAGUUUCUUUAAAUACAGAGCUGCUGCCCAGGCACGAGCGUUCAGUAAUUUAUAUUUUCCCAUUUAGUGAGGGGGAGCGCAAGAUCUUAUGAGACGACCGGUGGUGAACACAAAAUGUGACGCGACCUUCGAUUUUGCCGGGUCUUUUAUUUGCCUCAAAUCACGUCUGUUCAUCAUAUGUUACAAAACCGCUGUGCGUUAGCCGAUAUUUAAAGCACUGUGACGUUAAAUAUUAACUGCCAUUCUCACAUUAUAUUUAGUGUAUAUGUAACGUAAAAUAUAGAGGUUUAUUAUUUUACAUUUUAUAACUUUCAUUGGAUUCAAUUCAGGUUCUGCUUUUAACUCGGAUAUUAUUACGUAGCAAAUUAUUUUUAACAGAUGAAAGUUCAUUUCUACCUUGAAAUACUUUUGAUGUAUCUGUGCCUGCUGGUGGGCUGCUGUGUUCUGUGACCAUCACAUUAGCAGAAUCCCACUUGUAUCGAGGGAGCCAUGAAACUGGACUUGAGAGUGACGGACACUAAGAAUUGUUGAAUUAUGUUCUGCGCUUUCUCUUCACUUCAACUUGUUGUUAGAUGCGGCUGCCUGCAUGAGGUGCGAAACAAAAUUAAUGGGAUGUGAAGUCAGCCUGCCAGCCAGUUGAGGAGGAGUGUGCCAGUUGUGACUGAACUGUGAGCCCACAGCUGACAUAACUUCAGAACCUGGAGGAUCCCGGCUCGUUUAUUCACGUGUCGAGUGCGCUUAUGUAGUUUUAAGUCCUCUUCACAGGCGUUCUUGAAGACAAAGCUUCAUUACAGCGGCUCCCCGAGUAAAACCCAACUUAUCAGCUUCAUUCUUGUUACCCCACACCAAGCAAGUGCCCAUCGAGUCGCCUGCCAUGUUGAUGAGUAAACGGCACACGUGAAAGGAGCUUCGUCAAACUGUUACGAUCCCCACAUAGGGUUCUGCUCCAAGUCAGCACAUUGAAAUUUGUGUUCGACGAUGAUCUGCAGUCUGCGCUGUCUACUGUACAUCUCACUGGUCCUUACACUGGUCAUGUUUUGAAGUUGUCCGUUUGUUUCUUUAAUUUACACUGAAUAUGCAAACCCAGAGAACCUGCUGAACCCUAACCGUGCGAGUAGCUGUAAGCUGUGUGUGUUGUGAGAGAUUGUGCUCCCUGCAGGCUGUUGACGCCCUGACACUUUGGCGUGGCCCUUGCAGUUUCACGCUUUAGCGCUUUUACCUCUUGAUAUAAGUGCAAUUGGCCGAAUCUCUCUAGUGAGCGGUAAUUUAUUUUUUUAUUAAACGCACCAGGGUUUUCUAUGUACAUUUCACAAUGUAGCGUAGGCCAUAUUAGACGACGCUGCUCUUUUCUACUUUUGUAUGGAUGUUGGCCAAGAUCUGACCUGUAGAGUUCCUGCGGUUCUUUUUUGUAAGAUGUAGAUUUUCUUUUAAAAUAAAAAAAUAUUUGAAUCGUU